CAUUUCUCGACCAGUACUCAGUGGAUAAAGGGUGGAUCAGGUGGAUCUGUCUGAAACUCUAACCUAAUCCAACCACGCUGUGAAAAUAGUUCAAUAAAAAUCUCGUUGUUAGUUAAUCUAUAUAAAAAAAAAUAUUGACAAGAAAAAAUAUAAAUCAUGUUUUUUUUUUAAGAUUAAAUCUGAAAUAUUAUUUUGUCAUUUUUAUUGAAUAUUUCUUAAUGGAAAAAGAAAAUGAUCGAAUCUUAGGUUAUACAGAAAGUCGUAUAGAAAAUAUAUUUUUUUAUUGAUUUUGCGAUUAUCCAUUAUAUUAAAUAUCGCGUAUUGUCUUAUGACAAAUAUAUGUGUCAAGAUAAACUAUAAUUUUUAUAAUCGAGGAGAUUGUGUUUUAAUAAUUCGGAAAUUUUUUAAUACCAAAGUGUCAAAAAUUCUCAAAAUUGAUAGGAUACGAUACAUGGGACUUCGACUGCUCCGUCAGAGCAUGCUCGGUAUCCGAGAGACUACUGCUCGCUGUCCCUCUCCAACGUUUCUUACGAAGGAUAAACUCCUGGGGGUUGGCUGGGAGCUGCCUGUGAUUGGGCAGGAUCGUAUUGGAUCUACCCCGCGGACUACUCUGCAUGGAAAGGGUAGCUCAGUUCGCCACAGGCUGUUGUCAAAUCUACCUCGCAGUGUGCCUGACGUUAAACAGUUAUCAGGAUACCAGGAUUAUGUGAACCAGUGGUAGCUUUGCAAGUGUGUAAUUAUUUCAAGUGUAUGUGCUUAUUAAAAACUUACAAAUUGCUCUUCUGAAGAAACAAUAUUUACUUCUAUUUUAUUUUAUUUUUUUUGUAUACUUAUAUACAUGUAUUAUAUGCUUAUGUUCAUAUCUUUAAGUUACUUUUAGUUUUCUGAAAACAGACAAAAGUUUUCUGCAAUAUAUAUACAUUUCAAUAUGAUUAAUCUUUAACUACAAAAAUAAAUAAGAAUACGUAUAUGCUUUGUAUUUUUCAGUAAA